GAGAACAGCUGAGAUAAAGGAAGGCCACCGGGAAGAGGAUGUUUUGAGAAGUGUUUCAGAGAAACUUCAAACCUGUGAAGAUGGAAAACGAGACAGUAAGUGAACUGAACCAAACACAGCUUCAGCCAAGAGCGGUGGUGGCCCUCGAGUACCAAGUGGUCACCAUCUUACUUGUGCUCAUAAUCUGUGGUUUGGGCAUUGUGGGCAACAUCAUGGUAGUGUUGGUGGUCAUGAGAACCAAGCACAUGAGGACCCCCACAAACUGCUACCUGGUGAGUCUGGCAGUAGCCGAUCUCAUGGUCUUGGUGGCUGCAGGCCUCCCCAACAUAACAGACAGUAUCUAUGGUUCCUGGGUCUACGGCUACGUCGGAUGCCUCUGCAUCACUUACCUCCAGUACUUGGGCAUUAAUGCAUCCUCUUGUUCCAUCACAGCCUUUACCAUCGAGAGGUACAUAGCGAUCUGUCACCCCAUCAAAGCCCAGUUUCUCUGCACAUUUUCCAGAGCCAAAAAGAUCAUCAUCUUUGUCUGGGCCUUCACAUCCAUUUAUUGUAUGCUCUGGUUCUUCUUGCUGGAUCUCAACAUUAGCACCUACAAAGAUGCUGUUGUGGUGUCCUGUGGCUACAAGAUCUCCAGGAAUUACUACUCACCUAUUUACCUAAUGGACUUUGGUGUUUUUUAUGUUGUGCCAAUGAUACUGGCCACCGUCCUCUACGGAUUCAUAGCUAGGAUCCUCUUCUUAAAUCCCAUUCCUUCAGAUCCUAAAGAAAACUCUAAGACAUGGAAAAACGACUCAACCCAUCAGAACAAGAAUUUGAACUCAAAGACCUCUAAUAGAUGUUUCAGCAGCACAGUAUCUUCGAGGAAGCAGGUAAGCAAACCUGAGCCAGCAAGUCCACGGAAACAGUGUGGGAUAGAGUUCCUUGCAGGAUGGCAUCAACUUUGCCCUCCUUAG